GAGCAUCCCCGGUAGCGCCGGGGCUGCAGCCACGUGGUUGGUGCCUGUCCCCGCUUUUGGCUGCCGCUGCUGCCGCGGUCAGAGGUGCCGGCCCGGGAAGUUUAGGAGAGAGCCCGGGUCGAUCCGCACAGACCCAACCCCCGCCCCCACACACGCUGCAGCAGCGCCCACCACUCCUCGUUCCUUAUUGUGGGCCGGGUCGUUCCCCGCCCCCCCCAUCUCCCCCAGCCAUGGCGCAGCUCCAGACUCGCUUCUUCACCGACAACAAAAAAUAUGCUGUAGACAAUGUUCCCUUCUCUAUCCCUGCGGCCUCUGAAAUCUCUGAUCUUAGUAACAUUAUCAAUAAAUUAUUGGAAGCCAAAAAUGAAGGCCACAAGUAUGUGGAAUUUGAUUUCCUUAUUAAGGGUCAGUUCCUGCGAAUGCCCUUGAUUAAGCAUAUGGAACAAGAGAACAUCUCAACAGAAGAAGUAGUGGAAAUUGAGUAUGUGGAGAAAUAUAUCGCACCACAGCCUGAAGAAUGUAUAGUCCAUGAUGACUGGAUCAGUUCAAUUGAAGGAACAGUGGAAUGGAUCUUGACUGGCUCCUAUGACAAGACAUCUCGGAUCUGGUCUCCAGAAGGAAAGUCUCUCAUGACAAUCGGUGGACAUAGAGAAGUGGUAAAAGAUGUUGCCUGGGUGAAGAAAGACAGUCCUUUGUGCCUGCUUCUCACUGCCUCCAUGGAUCAGACUAUCCUCUUGUGGGAGUGGAACGUGGAGAGGAACAAAGUGAGAGCUCUGCACUGCUGUCGAGGCCAUGCUGAGAGUGUGGAAUCUGUCGCUGUCGACAGCACAGGGACUAAAUUUUGCAGUGGCUCUUGGGAUAAGAUGUUAAAGAUCUGGUCUGCAGUCCCUACAAAUGAAGAAGAUGAAAUAGAAGAUUCCACAAACAAGCCUAGAAAGAAACAGAGAACAGAGCAACUGGGAUUAACAAGGACUCCUAUCGUGACUUUGUCUGGCCAUAAUGAUGCAAUUUUCUCAGUGCUUUGGUCAGACACUGAAGAAAUUUGCAGUGCAUCGUGGGACCAUACAAUUAGAGUGUGGGAUGUUGAAACUGGCAAUAUUAAAUCAACUUUGACUGGAAAUAAAGCAUUUAACUGUAUCUCCUAUUCCCCACUUUGUAAACGUUUAGCGUCUGGGAACUCUGAUAGGCAUAUCAGGCUGUGGGAUCCCCGAACUAAAGAUGGUUCCUUGGUGUUAUUAUCCUUAACCUCCCAUAAUAACUGGGUGACAUCGGUAAAGUGGUCUCCCACACAUGAACAGCAACUAAUUUCAGGUUCCCUGGAUAACGUGGUCAAGCUUUGGGAUACAAGAAGUUGCAAGGCCCCCCUCUAUGAUUUGGCUGCUCAUGAAGAUAAAGUUCUAUGUGUAGAUUGGACAGAAGCAGGGCUGCUAUUGAGUGGAGGAGCCGACAAUAAACUGUACUCCUACAAAUAUUCAGUCACUGCUUCAAAUGCAUGAAGAUGGAUGGUGAUUCAACAUCAGAGAUUAUCUAUAAAAUCAUUGAUUAUAUGACAUAGAUCUGAAGAUCAUUGUCUUCAUUAGCCAGUCUUUUACAACAACCUGUAUAAAAUGGUUUUUGACUGUCAUAACAGUCAUUUUCAUUGUGUUUAGUUUUUUUCCAUUUUUCCUUUGUAUUUAUAAUAUACAAAUCUAGGUAUUUAUAAAAAGUGAAAUGUGACCAGUCUCUUCACUGUGUUCAGAACUUCCUGAAUAUUUUGGCUUUGAAUAACAUAAAAAAGUACUAGAAAGUUUAUAAUAAAUAUAAAGCAAUUGACUUUAUGGGUCCUGAUUUAUUCUGUGGGAAAAGUUUCUUCUUUGAACUCAAACUACUGGUAAAUGCCAUAUUAAAAGGAUGAAUGAAAUUAAAAAGAGAAAAUGUUUUACUAUUGUGCUUUUAAUUAAUUGGGUGAUGUCCUUGUAACUCACUUUGUCAUCCAGUGAUCAUGAGAAGGGAUACUUAUUUCCUCCAGAUAGUAAAUAUCAGGUGUUUCAGACAUAGAUAAUCAUAAACAUUGCUGGUGUUUAAGAAGGACUUAUUUGAACAUUCUAGCUGGAUACCCUACUGCCAAGAAAUGGUAAAAAAUUGUCUGAAAUAUCAUACAAAUGGAUCAUAAGAUGUCCUUCAUUAUCAGAAUAUAAUCUCAAGGAAAUGUACCUUGACUCUAGAAUGCUCUUGCUUCUUCCCACUACAUAUGAAUUAAGACUUGGUCCUUGCGUAAAAUUAAUUGCUGGAGGAAAUUGCCAAACAGUACUUUGAUUUAUUCAUAGCUAUUUGUUUGGUGACC